AUGAGCUCGCAGGUUCGGAAUACUGGGUAAGUUAUAGUUAUUUCCUAAUUUAGAGAUAAUUGGAGUUAAUUUGUUACCUAAAAAUAUUUUUUUACUUGGCGAAGGUUCAAAAUUCUUCCCUUAUUCUCGUCACAUCAACUAUAAGUUGAGAUACGACAUCAAUAUUACCAGUUCCUUUCAGCUACUUCAAAAACAAGACAAUCUUCAUAUCAGGUGGAUCCAGAGGCAUUGGUUUGUCCAUAGCCAAGAAACUAGCAGCCGAUGGAGCUAAUAUUGUUUUAGCGGCUAAAACAGCCACUCCACACCCAAAACUGCCAGGCACAAUCUACACAGCAGCCAAAGAAGUUGAGGAAGCUGGAGGCAAAUGUCUGCCAUGUGUAGUUGACAUACGAUUUGAAGAUCAAGUAAAAAAAGCGAUUGACUUGGCUGUAAAAACUUUUGGAGGUAUCGAUAUUCUUAUCAACAAUGCUUCGGCUAUUCAUAUUGCUGAUACUGAGAGCUGUACCAUGAAGUGGUUCGAUCUGAUGCAGAAUAUUAACACUAGAGGGACUUUUAUGCUGUAAGUGGGGGUUUGUAAUAGGAAAAAAGAGGGUAGAGUUGGAAAAGGGAGAAAGCUUUAAAAAUUUUUUAACCGCAAGCAAUAAUGAAAAUUAAAAAAACUUCAUAAACUGCCAUUUCCAGCUCAAAAUACUGUCUUCCCCACCUCAAGAAGUCCUCCAACGCUCACAUUCUCAACCUCAGCCCUCCCCUCACCAUGGAUCCAGUUUGGUUCGCCCGAAACGCAGCCUACACUAUUGCCAAGUAUGGUAUGAGUAUGUGCGUGCUUGGAAUGUCAUCCGAAUUCAAAGAUGACGGAAUCGCUGUCAAUGCUUUAUGGCCAAGAACCUGGAUUUGGACAGCAGCUGUUGGAAAUAUUUUGGCAUCGGAUUCGAAUGAUGUUAGCUACAGUAGAAAGCCGGAAAUUUGUAGUGACGCGGCUUAUGUUAUGUUGUCCAGAGAUGCCAAAAGUUAUACUGGCAACUUUGCCAUUGAUGAUGAUGUCUUGAGAGAGUAUGGUGUUUCGGACUUUGGUGGUUAUGCUUUUGAUCCAAGUAAGUGACGCCAUUCAUGUAUUUUUUAACGUCUGCGUAAUUUAGGUAACGCUUUAGUAAAUUAAUUUUUCCUUUGUUAUAACAAAAAAUCUAAAAAUCUAUCAAAAGUAGAAAAUAAUCAAUUUUUGCAUUUCGUCUUUAGAAAGCCAAAAUAUUAUUUUUCUAAAAAUAUUUUUCAGACCACGAACUGAAGCUAGAUGGAUUCUUGCCAGGAACACGCCCCGGAACAAGAGCCAGACUUUGA